GCUACAACACUUGGCUGCUCGCUAUUCGCAUGAGACUCGUUUGUUGACACCGGAGCCAUCAGCCAUUAUGAAGUGGCUAUUUACCGGGCUAAUCAUAGCUCUGACGGUGUCUGAAGCUGUGGGCUCCAGAGACUGGUUCAGCAAAGCUGUUUACAACCAAUGGCAUGAAACCGAACUUGAACGCUGGCUUUCGGACCAUGAUGUUCCAUACCCUUCACCUGUAGAUCGCAAGGAUCUUGAAGAGCUAGUGAAGACCAACUGGGAGUCAUAUGUCGUCGCGCCAGCUUCAAGGACGGCAGAGGAGGUCUCGGGGUCUUUCAACGACGCCAAAGAAUGGAUAUUCGAGUCAUGGAGUGACUCUCAGUUGAAAGCCUUUCUGGAUCGCCAUGGCAUCCCAUGCCCUCAACCAAAAAAGAGGGAUACUCUCCUCUCCACGGCCCGCCGCAACUAUGAAUCAAUCGCCCAGACACUUGGGCAAUCAGUCAACUACCCAGGGAACUGGCUAUAUGAACACUGGUCCGAAUCUGAGCUAAAGGAGUAUCUUGACAGCCAUGGCUUCCCUGUCCCUCAACCGACAUCCCGCGAUAAGCUUAUUGCCGCCGUACGCCGAAACUCCCGUCGUGCGGGAAUAGAAAGCCGAAAGUCUGCAUCCGCAGCUUCAGCAUCCAUGGCUGCUGCCCAGGAAACUCUUACUGAGGCAUUGUUCAAUGCAUGGUCCGAGUCUGAUUUUAAAAAGUUCUUUGAUGAACAUAGUAUCAAGGUGCCUCAGGGUUCCAGGAGAAAUGAAAUGCUGGCUUUGGCACGCAAGAACCGUCAUUAUCUGCUAGAGAAGCCGGCUGCUUCAGUUGCCUCCGGCUAUGGAGCUGCUACUUCCAAGGCUGGAAAUGAAUUUGCUCGAGCCACAGACGAUGCGAAGCUAAAGAUGGAUGAUGCUUUCAACCAAGCAAUUAACGGGUGGUCUGAUUCUCGCCUUAAGGGCUAUCUAGAUGCCCGUGGCAUUCCAGUACCACAGAGCGGAAAGAGAGAUGAACUCCUUGCUAAGGUACGGCUCCAUGGACACAAGGCUGCAUCCGGAUACUCCGCUUGGACUUUUGACACCUGGAACAAGGAGAACCUAGGGAAAUACCUGUCUUCCCAGCACAAAAAGGCUCUAGAGGGUGUUGAAUAUAGCCGUGAUGAGCUCUUAAAGCAGGCUCAAGACGCAUACAAUCACGCCUGGAAGGCAGGCGGUCCCACAUACGCUUCUAUCACCAACUACCUCUCCCAAACUGCCAAUUCUGUGAAGGACACCGAUUUCAACACGUGGUCCAAGGAUGAUAUCGAGAAGUUUCUCGCCUCCUAUGGCAUAAACCCUACACGCGGCUCAAGUAUCGAGGAACUUCGAAAGCAGGCUAAAGAUAAUGCCGAUUACUUCCUCUAUGGAGUAACCAAACAGGAAGCAUCUAUCUUUUCCCGACUCCAGGGCCUCGGUCAGUGGGCUUGGGAUCAAUUGAAGAUUGGGGCUCUUAGUGGCAGAGCAGAGGGGCAGAAGGCAGCACAGGAAGUCAAGGAAAAGGCAUCUAAGGUCGCUGACGAGCUUUAA